ACCCCAGCUCUGGGACAGCCCGCAUUCCUCCAGUGGCCGGGUGCUGCUUCCACUCCGCAGGAGGGAAAGUGCUCUUGGAAGAACGGGAAAGGUGUCUGACUCCGGCCAUGCUGGCCUGGCUGUGCUGCUCCCUGCUCCUGGCGGCCCGUCUCGCGGACACCUGGAAUGUCCCCGAGCCCGCGGGGCCCGGCUCCGACUUGGCAGAGCAGAUCCGCGACACGCACGCCAAAGUGGUGGCGAUCUGGCAGGAGCUCGCGCUGCGGCGGGAGGCGGGCGGCGAGCCAGCCGCGGAGCUCCACGCCGUUUGCCAAGUAGAGCCCUCCGCCUCGCUGGACGCCGCGCAGCCGCGGGUGAGCGGCCUGGUCCUCUUCCGGCAGCAGACGCCCGGCGCCAAGCUCGAGGCCUUCUUCGACCUGGAGGGCUUCCCGGCCCAGCCCAAUAGCUCCAGCCGCGCCAUCCACGUGCACCAGUUCGGGGACCUGAGCCAGGGCUGCGAGUCCACCGGGCCGCACUACAACCCGCUGGGGGUGCAGCACCCGCAGCACCCGGGCGACUUCGGCAAUUUCGCGGUGCGCGACGGCCGCCUCUGGAAGUACCGCGCCGGCCUCGCCGCCUCGCUCGCCGGCCCGUACUCGAUCCUGGGCCGCGCCGUGGUGGUCCACGCCGGCGAGGACGAUCUGGGCCGCGGCGGCAACCAGGCCAGCGUGGAGAACGGCAACGCCGGCCGCCGGCUCGCCUGCUGCGUGGUAGGCGCCAGCGGCCCUGCGCCCUGGGCGCGCCAGGCGCAGGAGCACGCGGAGCGCAAGAAGCGGAGGCGAGAGAGCGAGUGCAAGGCCGCCUGAGCGCCGCGCAGCCCCGCGUGCCCAUCGCCAAGGCCCGACACCUUGCGUGCCCCGAGUCCCUGCACCUGGACCCGCAUGUGUCCCAGAGCCCUCCAUGCCCCACGCCCCUGUGCACUGGAGAGCCCCCUCGGAUACCCUAGUGUACCCCAGGACACUUCUCCCUGAGACACCUUCACGAACCCCAGACCCCUGCCACACCUGAGGCACUGCCACGUUCACUGAGAACCCCUCUGCGUCCAGAGAAAAAUCCAUAGUCCUAGACCCCCCCUUCUAUCUCUGAGUCUCUUUGUGCCCAGAGACACCCUCUACCCUGAGGUCCCUUCCGUGAGUGCAACACGCUCACCUUUUCAAUCCUGAGGGCCACCCAGGACCUCUGAGCGGCCACCCUCCAAUAUCUCUGAGCUCCCCCCACCCAGGCACAUGGAAACAGGCCAUCACUCCGAGUUCCUCCAGGUGUGAUCACUUUUGACCCUGACCCUAAGCCCCCACCUACUGGCAAAGACCCCUCUCUGCCCUGAGGACCUCCUCCGCCCCCUUUUCUUUCUUCCUAGGCCUUCUGAGACCGCCCUGAGGUUUCCUAGGGGCCUCUCUCCUGCCCACCGCACUCCUGCAGUGCCUCCCUGUUGGGUCUCCCCACCUUGGCCUGCUGCUGUCUCCCAGUCAGCCUCAGAGAGCUGCUCCUUUGGGGGAUGUUCGGCAAUUUUGUGUUGCACAUUAAAAACGCAGCAAUUCAAUCAUGA